AAUUGUUGUUUAUUUCCCAGAAAUUUGGCAUAAAAAACACGGUCGUAAGUCGAGUGGUCGUAAGUCGAGCAGGUCGUAAGUCGGAUGGUAGGUGUAAUACCAUCAAGAUGAAAUUAAGACACAUGCGCAACACCUUGGCAUCUCCAUCGUAGACGUUUCGCCAUCCAGCCAGCCACUGGCUAUAUAUAGCCGUCCUGCUCCACUUCUGGUGAUCCUGGCACCAAAAAAUGGCAUUUGUAGUGUCAGUAUUGCAGGUCAUCCUGGUACAAGAGGCUGGCACUUGUAGUGUUAAUGCUGCAGUUUAUCCUGGUACAAGAGGCUGGUAUGUGUAGUGUCAGUACUGCAUUUCAUCUUGGUACAAGAAGCUGGUACUUGUAGUGUUUGCACUGCAGGCCAUUCUGUCCUUACUUUUAGUUACUGUGGAACAAGAAGCCAAGAAACAGGAAGUUGAAGUGUCAGUACUACAUGUUAACUUGGUUCAAGAGGUUGACACAUGUAGUAUCAGUACUGCAGGUCUUCCUGAUGCUUGCAGUAUCAAUAAUGCAGGUCAUGAUGGCACAAGAAGUUAGCACUAGUAGUGUCAAUAUCAGUGUUAGAAAUGUUCUGUAAAUUUUGUAAUUAAUAUAAAGUUACAGCACUAAAUACAAUGAUGGUAAUAUAAUGGCAGCACUAACUACAUUGUUAAUAAUAGUGACAAUAACUAUAGGGGGAAUAAUACAGUAACAACGCUAGUUAUAUUUGAUUAUAGAGUGACAAAGUUACCUAGAGUGUUAAUGAUAAGUAACAACACAAAACUACAAUGAUAUUAACUCAGUGACAACUCUUUAGUGUAAAUACAGUGACAACACUACAGUAUUAAUUCAGUGAUAUUACAGUGUUAAUACAGUGACAACACCAGUGUUAAUAUAGUGACAACAAUAAUUAUAGUGUUAAUAGUCACAACACUGUAACAACAGUUUUGGUAAUACAACAUUUACAGUGCCAACAACAGUGUCAUAAGGUUAAUGUGUCACAAACCGUGAAAUAUCUCUUAGUGUCUUCCUCAUGUUCCUCAGACACUGCACUACUUUCACAGGUUUAGUGCUUGUUAUAUUUAUAAUAAAAUAUUACAAAUAUUUUUUUUUCAGUGUAAUAAAAUAUUCUACUUAAGUAAUUUAAUUAAUGUGAGAAUAUUAUCAUUUACUCUAUCUAAAAUACUUAAAAAACAAUGCGUUGAAGCAACACUAUGUACAGUUGUUCAUGAAGGAGACCAACUAAAUCAGCAUUCACAUGAAAAUGAAUGUGUUGAAGCAAAAUAAUGUACAGUUUAUGUAAGAGACACUAAAUUAACAUUCACAUUAAAAACAAUGUGUUGAAGCAUCACAGUGCACAGUUGUUAACCCUUUCACUGUUGGUGAUGUAGUGGUACAGCUUACAAGCCAGGGUUAAUGACGUACUAAUACUCCAAAAUUCUAGAAGCUUCAACUCUAACUUGAGAAACAUAGUAGACCUACAUGUGAGAGAAUGGGUCUGCAUGGUCAUGUGUGCAGUAUAAAAAAAAUCCUUCAGCAUGCAGUGCAUAAUGAGAAAAAAACUCUGACAGUGUUUUUGGUUUAAAACGCCAACUUUGAGGUGGAUUUUCUUAUGGUAUUUAUGGUUGUAUUCUGCUUUUCUUGGUCGCAUUUGAUAGAAUGGAAGAUAUAUUAAAGAAAUAGAGAUGAUUUUGAUUGGCUUCACGAUGAAAAGUACCUUGAAAUUGAGCUCAAUGUAGCAGUAAUGUUCGAUUUUUGCCGAUAUUCAAGAGUAAACCAUCCAAUCUGUCCAACUGGCCAGUAUAAUGGGCAGUCAUGAAUGGGUUGAUAUUAAUUAUACAAUUAUUACAAUAAUGCGGUAGUCUACAUGACAGUAAAUCUAUUUUUUGGGGGAAUAAAAAAUUAAUGUCUGCAUUGUUUAUUCUGGACCAUAUUUUGAAAUUGGCAUCUUUUGAAAUUUGUGUGAAAUUGGCCAAACUGCCAAUUUCUGACCACUUUAUUGGGUAGUUGAAAUCAGUAAAUGGGCUAUUUCUUGCACUCAAUAGAUAGAACAAAUAGAGUUCUAGCAAAAUAGCUAUGAGUUUGGUCGACUGGAACAAUGGAAUUGGAUGAAAAUAGGGCGAGAGCGUAAUUCUGUAAAUUUUCCAUCAGAUUUCAUAGUUUUGGUGUCAUUACCAUCGGGAAAAGAGUCUUUUAUCAUUUCAUAAAAAAUUUUUUUUUUUUUUUAAUUUUUCGACACUGAGAGGAAGUUUGUGAGCAGGGGUCUCGACAGUGAAAGGGUUAAUGAAUCAGGCACAUUAUAUCAACAUUCACACUCGCUAAAACAAUCUUCCUUACAACUACCUCACUGUGUAUCUGUGACAACAUUUAUGAUUGGCAAAAUAAAAAUUCUAUAUUCAGUGUCUAAAAGAGAUUUCUCAAAAAAAGAAUUUAGUUCAAAGUAUGAAAACUCAUACUGAAGAGAAACCAUGUCAGUGUUCAGGAUGUCCAAGAGACUUCUGAAAAAUCUUAUUUAGUAAGUCAUAUAAAAGCUCAUACUGAUGAGGAACCAUAUAAGUGCCCAGACUGUGUAAAAGACUAUUCUCUUAAAAAUGAUUUAGUAAGACACAUGAGAACUCAUACUGAAGAGAAACCAUAUCAGUGUUCAGAAUGUCUGAAGGACUUUAAUAAAAAAUCACAUUUAGUAAGUCAUAUGAGAACUCAUACUGGAGAGAAAUCAUAUCAGUGUUCAAAAUGCCUAAGAGACUUUUCUGAUAUAUCAAGUUUAGUUAGUCACAUGAGAAUGCAUACUGGAGAGAAACCAUAUCAGUGUCCAGAAUGUCUAAGAAGCGUUUCUCGUAAAAGUGAUUUAGUAAGGCACAUGAGAACUCAUACUGGAGAGAAACCAUAUCAGUGUUCAGAAUGUCUGAAGCACUUUAAUCAAAAGUCACAUUUAGUUAGUCACAUGAGAACGCAUACUGGAGAGAAACCAUAUCAGUGUCCAGAAUGUCUAAGAAGCGUUUCUCGUAAAAGUGAUUUAGUAAUGCACAUGAGAACUCAUACUGGAGAGAAACCAUAUCAGUGUGCAGAGUGUCUGAAAGACUUUGCUAGUAAAAGGAAUUUAGUAAGACACAUGAGAACACAUUCCGGAGAGAAACCAUAUCAAUGUUCAGAAUGUCUGAAGGACUUUUCUGAUAAAUCAAAUUUAGUUAGUCACAUGAGAACGCAUACUGGAGAGAAACAAUAUCAGUGUCCAGAAUGUCUAAGAGGCAUUUCUCAUAAAAGUGAUUUAAUAAGACACAUGAGAACUCAUACUGGAGAGAAACCAUAUCAGUGUGCAGAUUGUCUGAAAAACUGUUCUUGUAAAAGGAAUUUAGUAAGACACAUGAGAACUCAUACUGGAGAGAAACCAUAUCAAUGUUCAGAAUGUCUGAAGGACUUUAGUCAAAAAUCAAAUUUAGUUAGUCACUUGAGAACUCAUAAUGGUGAGAAACAAUAUCAGUGUGCAGAAUGACUUGAAUGAAAAAGCAAGUAUGGUAAGACACAUAAGAAGUCAUACUUGAGAGAGAUGUCAGUGUUCAACAUAUUUUAAAAAGUUUUUCCAUACAUCCAAUUUAGUAAAUAAAUCAUAAAAGAGUG